AUGACCGCCAUUCGCCCACAACCACCGCCUGGGCAGCAGCGUCGCGAAGAGGCUCUGGCGCAGGCCGAGGCGAACCGAAUUCUGCUGUCGCAGUCACGCCUUCCUCUCAUACUCGCCGUCUUCUACGUCGCCCUGCUGGUUGUGCCGUGGGUCUUGACCUGCAAGAUCGCAGACCAGCCAUCGUUCAUUGUCCAUAUCUACGAAAGGGGCUAUGAAUACUACGUGCAGCACGGAUGGGUCAUCGCCAUCAACGUCCUCAACUCGCUCGCGGCUGUCCUCUCGCUGCCCAUCUUGAGCGCCCUGCUGGCCCGCGCCGCUGUUGUCUUCUCGCAGCGCCGUAAGCCAGGCCAGACCCUCAGCGUACGCCAGCUCUUCGCACUUGCUGACCGCGACUGGUACAACUUCUUCAAGGUCCUGUCGCCCGUCGGGUCAUCGGCACUCCUCAGGCUUGGCUUCUUGGUGCUUUUCAUCGCACUUUCACUGCCGCUUGUCCGACCGGGUCUUGUGGCCUACGACAACGUACUUGUGAUGUCCAACUUCCCGGAGCACCAUGAAAAAGCGUUGGAUUACGGUGCACUAGGUUAUACCCCCAGCCCGCUUGCGGCCAAGACAGCAUCUGAGCAAGAUCAGGACAAAGUGAUCACCGAGACACGCAAAAGCCUACGGACAACUGUUGGGGGCAUCGAGCCAAAUCUGUGGCCAGUGUGCAACGACAAGACGACGUCGGAUGGCACUUGCGGUUUCACAUAUGGCCCGUACGACCUGGGGCAGAGCAGACUCGGCAACUUCUGGGAGUGGCCUAAUCAAGCCGCAUACGAGCGGAACUACAGCACGAACGGCUCAGCUUUGAUGCAUGCCUCGACCUUGAGAGCCGGUUCGUCGAUAGGAUCUUACUACAAGAACGAGUUCGGAGCUUAUACCCUCGGCUUGAAGAGCGGCACAAGAUGCGAGCCAAUUUCUGCUCAAGAAGUUGAGGAACAGUGCCUCCGAUCUACAGAUACCGGGGCGCUGCCCACUGCGGCGCGGGGCUGGAACACGAAUCUGGCCAUCGAAGGCGAGGUAGUUGUCGAUAUAUGUUAUCCUCCGCUCGAAAGAAGUCCCUGGGAGACUGCCGACGCAUUCCCAUGGAAGCCAAUCAACUUCACCGAACACCUCUACAUCGGCCUCUCAGACAACGGAUCAACAUGGGAUUGCCCAAGCUGGUCGGAGGACUGCGGGUAUGCAGGAACCGACGACGGGCUUUACCUCCAUUGUCAGGCCGACUUUAUGAUGAGCUUCUUUGAGAUAGGGAGCGCUAGGACUAAAGGCGUGCCGACCCGCUUCCUGGACGAGAUGCCCUCGGGCUUCGACAUUCCUCGCGGCAAAGACUUGAGCAGCAGGUCUGACAUCUCGUCAAGAGACAGCCCAACCAGUGAUUAUAUCGGGCCCCUGAAGACGGCAACAAUGGCAAUGUUCGGGAACGAUAGCUGGCUCGACACGUUCAACCUCGUAACUGCGGACUUGGAGCCCCGCCAACGCAACAACGAAUGGUGGACACUACCGGUGCGUGUACAGGGGCCACAUACGGGGACAACGCUUGAGGACUGGUACACGCCUUCAAGACUAUUUUCAUGGCUCGCCCGGGACUUCUUCCGGUCAUUCUCCACCCGCAAGCUAGCAAGGGCAACACUCAACACAGCAACAUUCUACGCGAACAACGCCUUGUUAACUCGGAUGAAGGACCGUGGCGAUUGGCGCGCACAGGAUUACAAACGCACUACAGAAGAGAGCGACGAGCUGAUGGUUGUACCCGUGCUCAGCACGGCUGCAAUCGUCACCGUAUCUAUCCUCAUCGCUCUGCAGGUUGUCUGUAUCGUCAUCCUCCUCGUCUACAUCUACAGCCGCCGUGUUUGGACCCUGACCCUCGAUGCCCUGGCAAUGGCGCGUGUCGGCGCCCAGCUCUCGGCGCUGGACGUGUUCCUGGUCCCCCGCGAGACGGGGACGCUGGGCACGGCCCGGCUGAACCCACGAGCCGUGAAGCAGCUGGACCAGGUCGACGGCCUGGUCGGCGCGACCGCCCUGACGGGGCAUCACGACAUCGAGUUGGCGACGAUGCCGCCGCCGUAUGCGCCGCGGGGCGAGGAGCCGAGUACCCGGGAGGAGCGGAGGGUACACCAGCCCGGCGCAGCGUCGGCGGCGCGGGACGCGGCAGCGCAUGACCACCCCGUGCCGUCAUACUCGCCACCUGCCGACGAGCACACGGUGCGGGCGGCUGGCGGGGAGGCCGGAAUUGCAGGUGGGCGUGAUGAUGCACACGAGAUGGCAAUAUCUCAUGCGGCGUCGUCCGAGUCGCGAGGCGCUGUGCUCCCGGCGGUGAUCUCGCUCGAGGCCAUUGCAGUUGGGGGUCGAGGGCUCAUCACGAGGCGGAUGUGGCGAGCGGCUGAUAAACCCCUACCGGCACGACCUGCAGAACAAUGA